CUGCCAGGUGAGACAUGGAUUUCCUCACUCUGUUCGCUAUCUACGUCGUAGUGGUGCUGACAUGUAUAGUCCUAGUCUGCAAAUACUCAGGCCAGCAGCAAACCCCCUUUAAUGUCAUCUUCAACGCUGUGGUAAAGGUAGUUGCACCUUUUACGCCAAAAUGGCUCCAAAAGUUUUCACAGUGGACAUUGCACAGACUGUUCCAUCAAAGGAACAACAUGUUCAUCUGUCUGCAUAUCCUGCUAGAGGUUGCUGUGUACACGGAGUUCACCUAUGAGGUGUUUGGCUUCUGCAGGGAGAUGGAUACCACUCUGACCAGCCUGUCUGUGCCUUACGUCCUGCUGGCCAUCAAGACCUUCUUCUUCUACCUCUGCAUCAAGAGAGAUCCAGGCACAGUGACAAAGAAGAAAGUGGCUGGCCAGCUGCACAUUUAUCAGUAUGACAAGAGGAUGUUUCACCCAGGAAUCUCCUGUCCAACCUGCCAGCUUCUCAAACCAGCCCGCUCCAAACACUGCAGAGUCUGCAACAGGUGUGUCCAACGUUUUGACCACCACUGUAUCUGGGUGAACAACUGCAUCGGUGCUCAGAACACACGUUACUUCCUGCUUUACCUCUUCAGCGUGUGCGCCAUGGCGGGUGACAUGGCUCUGCUGACAGGAGACAUGCUGCUUCAUGCUGUGCUGCGUUCAGGGCUUCUGGCGGCCAGUUAUAUAGAUGAGUACGGCCAGCAGCAGCCAGCGGGGCCUGUAUUUGUUGUACAGCAUCUCUUUCUGACCUUCCCCAGAAUUGUCUUCAUGCUGGGAUUUCUAGUCUUUGUAUUCUUCCUCCUGGCGGGUUAUGCUCUGUUCCAUUCCUACCUGGCUCUUGUCAACCAGACCGCCAAUGAGUGGUACAAAAGUCGAGGUUACAUUUGCCAGCACUGCCACCCAAGUGCAACAGCAGACCACCUCUGUAAUCCAGCACCAGACCACUCUAAAAGAUACUACUACAGCAGAGGGCUACGCCGAAACCUCGGAGAGAUUUUCUUUCCUCCACAACCUGUUCAGAAAAAACAGAACUGAUUGUGCCGUUAUGCUGCAUUUACUGUACCAUUCCCAGGGGUUUACUGUACCUAAGAUUUACUGCUGACUGAAGAAAUAAAGUUUACUUCAUGGGCUCUGG